AUGCUGCCCGCCAUCCUCCUUCUCGCACCUCUGGCAGGUGCAUUCCCCUUGCUCCGUCGAGCAGACGUGUACGAGAAGCACACGUACCUCGUCACCGUGCACCCGGCAAACCAGAAUGGCAACGACCCUCCGUUCCUCAGAGAGAAGUGCCUCGGCGCCAACAACGGUCACCUGUACAACGGUGCACCGGUACGAGUUGGCGAUUGCAUCCCCGGAGCCAACUUCCAGUUAUGGGAGAGCUUCGGUGAGGGCGUCUUCCGCGUUUCUGGGAGUGACUUUUGUGUCAAUUCCCCGGAGGGUCGGCAACAGCCUUCAGCUCUGGGACUGGGCGACACCCUGAACAAAACGGAAAUGACCAUGUCGAUCGGGGCACAGGGUAGUGUGACGACCACCGUCUACCUUACCGAGUGCUCCUCAAAACCGAUUCCGCAAGGUCAGCUUUGGUUGACCUCGGCCAGACCAAACAGCGCAGACGAUCGCCCGCUUUACUACAUCUCCCCGAAGCCCGGUUCCGAGCCCACAAGUACGGAUGCCAAAACCGAAUCCACGGCAAGCAGCGCAAAGACCGAGUCCACGGCAGCAAGCUCCAAGUCCGAGCCCGCUGCCACUGCCACAGAUGCCAAGCCCGAGUCGACAAGUACCGAAGCCCAACCCACCGAGGCAGCAUCUACUGAAAGAGACUUCACUCUCAGCGCGGUUCUCAAGGAUGGCUCGGCGAAGAGAUGCAUGGACGCUCGUGGUGAAGAGCUGAAGGAUGGCUCCGCAGCUCAUAUUUACGACUGCGACGGCAACAGUGCCCAGGAGUGGGAACUCAAGUCUGACGGUAGUGAAACGACUGUCCGUCUGCGCGGCACCACGCUCUGUCUAGACGGAGGCAGACCAAGCAACGGUGCCCCUCUCAGCUUCAGGACGUGCCGGGACAAGGCUCGUACCCAAACGUGGAGACUCUCGCCGCGGGGCCACCUGUCUCUCGCGGACUUCAACCUAGGUGGAGCUAUGCCGGCCAUUCGAGUAGCUGAGAACUCUCGGAAAGAGGAUGAUAAUGCUGUCCACUGCUGGAGGUUUGCGAACCCUUCAUUGUCCUUCGGCUGUUCAUCAACCAAAGGUGUCGCUAUGGAUUUUGAGUACCAGUAUUGUCAAACUGAUCAAGCACUGUCUUGUGCAUCAGCUGUCUGA